GUUACGCUGCUUUGCUAUCCGCCAUUAAUACACUAAGGAAGAACCAAGCAGCAGAAUCUGAUGGUGAUCUUGCAGAGCUCAUGGUGUGGAGAAAACGUUAUUCUGUAAAUAUAGGAACAGUUGGAUAUGAUGGAGUUCUAAUAAAACAUGCUUUUCGUGGUUGGAUUUGAGCUGUUAAACUCUGUUCUGCUUUAAUCACAGAAGCUCUAUAAGGAUUUGAAAAUGGAGAAUUGUACCACUUCUUGUGAAGGGGCAUCAAGCUCUCAGGAAGAUAUUAUCCAUGUGGAUCAACAAAAUGGAGAAUUUCAGGAGACGUUUAUAAAAGAGGAAGAGGAAGAGGAAGAAGAUGAAGCUGAAGAUGAAGAUGAAGAUGACCUCUGUGAAGGAACAUCAAGCUCACUGGAACAUUUUGGCCCAGAGGACCAACAGAAUGAUGAUUUCCUGAAGAUAAUUGUAAAAGAGGAAGAACCUGAAGAAGAUGAUUAUCUCUAUUGUGAGAUUUGCAGAUCCCUCUUUAUAAACAAGUGUGAGGUCCACGGUCCACCUCCCUUCAUCCAUGAUACCCCUGCUCCUAUGGGGGUUGCACAACGAGCCAUACAGACUCUGCCCUCUGGUUUAGGGAUUGGGAGGUCUGGUACUCCUGCAGGACUAGGGGUGUUUAAUAAGGGGGAGACUAUUCCAGUUGGAAUGCACUUUGGACCCUACCAAGGAGAACUAGUAGACCGAGAAGAAGCCAUGAACAGUGAAUACUCCUGGGUGAUCUACAAGAGUGGACAGUGUGAGGAAUACAUAGAUGCCAAAAAAGAGACACAUUCUAACUGGAUGAGGUAUGUGAAUUGUGCCCAGAGUGAUGAAGACCACAAUCUAGUGGCAUUCCAGUAUCAGGGGAGAAUUCUUUACCGUUGCUGUCGUCCCAUCGAACCAGGACAGGAGCUCUUGGUGUGGUAUGAAGAGGAGUAUGCCAGAGGCACCACAUUUGACUAUCUUUGGAACAAAAAAUUCCCUUCAAAAGAAAAGAACACUCCCCUGUUAGAAGUGUUCUCCUGCUCCUUGUGUCCCCUUUCCUAUACAGGUCAAAUUUACCUUCACAAACAUAUUAAGAGAUGUCACUAUGAAGAAUAUAUGAGACUGCUCAAAUCUGGUGAGAUUAAUAUUGAGUAUCUAAUGCCCAAGAGAAACUACAGUAGUCGGCAUUUAGCUCCAGGUGCUCCCCGCGUUAAGAGUUCACUCAAACAAAAGGAGAAAGAAUGUGUUUCUAGCGUUAAGAAUAACCUUCCUGGGCAGAGUGAUCUCCAGCGCAUUCACACAAGGGCAAAGCUACAUCAAUGCCCAGACUGUGACAAGAGUUUCAGGGAAAAAGAGGCACUCAGACGCCACUAUCGAGUUCACACCGGGGAGAAGCCAUAUAAGUGCUUGUACUGUGAGAAGAGUUUUACCCAACUGGGUAAUCUCCAGACUCACCACCGCAUUCACACUGGAGAGAAACCAUUCCAGUGCUCAUUGUGUGCAAAGAGUUUUCCAAGGUUGAGUAGUCUUCAGCUACACCAGCGUGUUCAUACAGGAGAGAAACCUUUUCCGUGUCUACAGUGUGAUAAAAGGUUUACGAAUCAGGGUCACCUCCGGGCCCACCAGCGCGUUCAUACUGGAGAGAAACCAUAUCAGUGUACGCAGUGUGGGAAGAGCUUCAGUUGCAAAAAGUCUCUCCGCUCCCACCAGCGCAUUCAUACUGGAGAGAAACCGUAUCAUUGUUCACACUGUGGAAAGAGUUUUACUCAUCACAGUACUUUCCAUCUACAUCAGCGUGUUCACACUGGAGAGAAACCAUAUUGUUGCACACAGUGUGGAAAGACUUUUACAAGACAGAAUCAUCUCCAGGAACACCUACGCAUUCAUACAGGAGAGAGACCCUAUCAGUGUCCUUUAUGUGAUAAGACUUUUAAUGAGAUGUGUAAUCUCAAACGACACCAGCAUGUCCAUACAGGAGAGAAACCAUAUCAGUGCUCAGAGUGUGGACAAGGCUUUGUUAAUUCUAGAAGCUUUAAGAAACAUAAGUGCACAAACACAGAGCUGUCAGCAACUUAAAUUUUUGUCAUGAAGGAUUUUGCAGGAUAACAGUCAGCUGAAGCAAACCAUGGACCGUUUUAAUAAGCUUAAAAGUUGUACAGGACAUUAAACACUAGGUGCCUAAUACAGCUCUGGAGCUUCCCAACCUAAAGUUCAUAAUCAAAGACCAUAUACAGUGCUGUAAAUAAUGUAUUUGGCCCUUCCUGAUUUCUUUUACAUUUAUAUGUUUGUCACACUUAAUUGUGUAGAUCGGUUGUUUAAACAAAUUGUAACUUAAGGCAAAGACAGCCAGAGGAAACACAAAAUACACUUUUUAAAUGAUCAUGUGAUUUAUUAAAGGAAAAAAUAUUCAACACCAACUGGACCCAUGUAAAAAGGAACAUAAUUUUUCCAGAAAGUCACAGAGGAAACCCUCCCAACCAAAAAAAAAAAAAGGUGAGAAACUGCUGACCUUUUCUUGUCUUCAAAACUGUCAACUUUUAUGUUUGCUCAAGAGACGAGGCAUAAUCUGAAUUUGUUGGCGAGUUGCAAGGUAGGACUCAAUUGGCUAUGCAACAAGGCAAAAAAUAGGGCUAUUAGGAUGAUGGACCUUAUGGGGCAGGACCUUAAAUCAGUGACCCUCUUGUGUGGCUGUAUUCAAGCAGUUUUGCAAAGAAGAGGUUACUAAAUUAUUUACAAUGGUGUAAAAGUCUCCAGUUAUCUAAAGUGAGCUGUUGCUUUAGGUUAAGCAUUGAGUUAUUUAUUUUAGGGUGCAGUUAUUUUUUCUACCCAGUGCCAUUUGUUGUUGGGAUAACUUUUUCCCUAACUGAUGAA